AUGGAAGUGAACCAAAUCUUGGAAAAUGAUUUUUGUGUGCAAGUGGAGGUUAAAGGGGCUGGGAUUGAAGAUUGGUGUUGGAUGCUGUUUAAGCAUGUGGGAGUUAUUAUCAGGAAUGGGCAGAGCACCAGACUUAAUGAUCCAAACGGGGUACCAGGUCUGAGCAGAACUACUCCAGAGCUAAAGGUUGGGAUAGAUGGCAAUCUUUUCAGGGUUAAAGAUCUUCUUAUGGCAGGUGGUGUGCAAUGGGAUGGAACUCUUGUUAGAGCCUUGUUUUCAGAAGAAGAUGCUGAGAAAAUUCUGCAGAUAAAUUCAUUGAACCCAAGAACUGAUGAUAAAAGACAUUGUGAUUUGGCUGACAAAGGCAAAUUCUCAGUCAAGAAGGCUUAUGGCUACCUGUUGGCUUCUAAGAUGGCUUCAUCUGCAGUUGCUGAGAGCAGUGGGCAAGCUGGAGUUAAUAACAGAGCUAGAAGAAGAUGUUGGGAUUUGAAG